CGCUGUCGUUUUAACUUCCAAUUUCGACUCUUACUCUCUCGGCUUCUUUCUGUUCAGAUCAGACCAGACCUUCCUCCCUGUAAAUAAUGGCCUGAAAUUCCCACUCAUCUAGCAAUGGAAAGCGCGGUACAUAACGGAAUUGGCCUCACCAAAAUCCCUUCUCUCAUUUCUUCAAAACGACGACGAAGAACCAUCUCGUCCAAACUCAUUCUCCACCGAACCCUUACCUCUUCAAUUCUUCGCACCAAAUCCUUCUCUCCUCUUCCCAAAUCCCCCAGUCUCCGUCACCGUAUCCUCCACUGCGUGGCCGAGGCCACUGAUCAUCAUCACCACAAUCACGAUCAGGAUCACCACGAGCACGACCACCAUCCUGAGCACAAUCACGAUCAUCAACACCAUCAUCACAACCACUGCUGCAGCGAUGGAGCCGAGCUUAGUGGCCCGCAGAAAGUUUUUGUUAAAUUUGCGAAAGCGAUUGGAUGGAUGGACUUGGCAAAUUUCUUAAGGGAGCACUUACAGCUCUGCUGCUGCGCUGCCGCUUUGUUCGUCGCUGCUGCUGCUUGCCCUUACUUGUUGCCAAGGCCCGCUGUCAAGCCCGUACAAAACGCUUUCAUUCUGGUUGCUUUUCCUCUAGUUGGGGUCUCAGCAGCCCUUGAUUGUCUCACUGAUAUUAUUGGUGGAAAAGUAAAUAUCCAUGUGUUAAUGGCUCUUGCUGCCUUUGCAUCAAUUUUUAUGGGGAACUCCUUGGAGGGAGGGUUACUUCUUGCAAUGUUCAAUCUGGCUCAUAUUGCUGAAGAGUUUUUUACUAGCCGCUCGAAGGUGGAUGUUAAAGAGUUGAAAGAGAACUAUCCAGAUUCUGCCCUUGUUUUGAACGUGAAUGGUGAUAAACUCCCAAAUAUCUGCAAUUUGUCAUAUGAAAGUGUCCCUGUGCAUAAUAUAAAAGUGGACUCUUAUAUUUUGGUUGGAGCUGGUGAGGCUGUUCCUGUCGAUUGUGAAGUUUUUCAAGGUAGUGCAACGAUCACCACUGAGCACUUAACUGGGGAAGUCAAUCCCUUAGAGGCAAAAGUUGGAGAUAGGGUUCCAGGUGGUGCAAGAAAUCUGGAUGGGAGAAUAAUCGUAAAGGCAAAAAAGACUUGGAAAGAAUCAACGCUCAGCAGAAUCGUGCAAUUAACUGAAGAAGCACAAAUGAAUAAACCAAAACUUCAAAGGUGGCUGGAUGAAUUUGGUGAGCACUACAGCAAGGUGGUUGUUGCUCUAUCGGUCGGUAUUGCGCUUCUUGGGCCAAUUCUUUUCAAGUGGCCAUUCUUUAGCACUUCAGCAUGCAGGGGAUCAAUCUAUAGGGCAUUGGGGCUUAUGGUAGCAGCAUCACCUUGUGCCUUGGCUGUAGCUCCUUUGGCAUAUGCCAUUGCUAUUAGUUCUUGUGCAAGAAAGGGGAUAUUGCUGAAAGGGGCGCAGGUGCUAGAUGCCCUCUCUGCUUGCCACACUAUUGCAUUUGAUAAAACUGGGACAUUGACUACUGGAGGACUUAUGUUCAAAGCGAUAGAACCAAUAUAUGGACAUUUGGCCAGGAAUAAGACGACAAAUGUUGGCUCCUGUUGUGUUCCCAGCUGUGAAAAAGAAGCUCUUGCUGUGGCAGCUGCCAUGGAAAAGGGCGCUGUUCACCCAAUUGGAAGGGCUCUUGUAGACCACAGUGUAGGCAAAGACCUUCCUUCUGUUUCUGUUGAACGUUUUGAAUAUUUCCCUGGUAGAGGUCUAAUUGCGACUUUGAAUAACAUUGAGUCAGGAACUGAAGGGGGAAAGUUUUUGAAAGCAUCACUUGGUUCCAUAGAGUUCAUAACUUCACUUUGUAAAUCCAAGGAUGAUUCAGAAAAGAUCAAGAAAGCGGUGAAUGCAUCUUCUUAUGGAAGUAAUUUUGUUCAUGCUGCCCUUGCUGUCAAUGACAAGGUGACAUUGAUUCAUCUUGAAGAUAGACCUCGACCAGGUGUUUCAGAUGUCAUAGCAGAACUAAGAGAUCAAGCAAGGCUUCGUGUAAUGAUGUUAACCGGUGACCAUGAAUCGAGUGCGUGGAGGGUUGCGAAUUCAGUGGCCAUUACUGAAGUUUAUUGGAGCCUGAAGCCAGAGGAUAAGCUAAAUCAUGUGAAGAAAAUCUCAAGGGAUAUGGGAGGAGGAUUGAUUAUGGUAGGUGAAGGGAUUAAUGAUGCACCAGCACUUGCAGCUGCAACUGUGGGAAUAGUUCUGGCUCAUCGGGCUAGUGCAACUGCUAUAGCUGUUGCAGAUGUCUUGUUACUACGGGACAACAUAUCUGGUGUUCCGUUCUGUAUUGCCAAGUCUCGCCAAACAUCUUCCCUGGUCAAGCAAAAUGUGGCACUUGCUUUAUGUUCUAUAGCUCUGGCCUCACUUCCAUCUGUUUUGGGAUUCUUACCUCUGUGGUUGACGGUUCUUCUACACGAAGGUGGUACUCUCCUUGUUUGCCUCAAUUCCGUACGUGCUCUAAAUGAUCCUAAGUGGUCAUUAAUGCAGGAUGUACAUCAUGUGUUGAACAAAUUGAAGUCCAAACUUCUGCUAUUGAGACACAACACUAGCUCAAACUCCAUCCGGGCUGCACAUUUAUAACUCUCGCUUCACUCUCUCACUUUUUUUUCUCUCUCCCAAACGAGGAGCUUGUUCAGGUCGGGUUACUGAUUAAAUACCAGAAAAAAUAAGUGUUAUUUGAAGAAAAAUGAGUAGUAUUUUACUUGGUGGUUUCUUCAAACUGUAAAGGAAUUGAUUUAGUAAAAAAAAAUAGGACUGCUGUAAUUGUUGUUCUGGUUUUGGGUCCUCGAUUUUGUUCUGAUUCUCAGGUUGGUGAGGCAGAUGGUAGGGUUGAUGUCGCAGGUGGCUCUGUCCUUGAGUUCUUUGGAAUGUAAAACACGGUUAUAUGCAGAGAAGGU